AUGGACGACGACGACUACAUAGAUGAGGUCUUACGAUAUGAAGAUGAAAUAUAUAAUGAGAAGGCAGAGUCAUCGGAAAGUGAAGAAGAAUUCUUGAAGGAUCCAUCGAUCAUUUACGGUCAGCUAUAUUACUCGAGCGAAAAGCCAAAUCUGACUCCCGGCGGAAUCAUUGUUAAAGGUCAGGAGUCUACAAAACAUGUUCCAGAAGUGCGUCAAAAUAACAAAGAGGAUCAAUCACCAGAAGAGUGGAUUUUAUCAGCAACACAAAGUACGGAUAAAUGUGUAAUGUGCGAGUCAGAGGAUCACAGUUCAAGUAUGUGUGAAAGAACGACACAUCCCAACAAUGAUGAGGUGUCGUUCCGCGACCCAUUACCUACGUUAGUUGCUUUAAUUGUUCUAGUAGCAAUCAUGGAGGACGUACAUGUGAUCAUAGAAAAAUAUGAUGCUCGUGUUCGAUCAUUGGAUGAAAUAAAUAUUCGUGUAACCAUUGAUGUUUAUUUACACGUUAAUUUUUCAAAUAUUGUCAAACUGGCGACCACAUACUUUCCUUCAACACCUCCUAGACAACCUACUACACCUAUUCGAAAACGUACACCGCGUACACGUUUGAGCACUCCGACACAUUCACGUGUGACGACACCUACUACUGCGCGCACUAAUAAGUCAAUCAAGUCUGUAGCCUCUUCACCAACCUCACCACUUCAAAACAGCAAUUUAAUUAGAAGGUUCAAGUCGUGUAAAAAAAAAAGUCCAAGGUCUUCCUUCAAAAAGGAGGCAGUAAAAUUGGAUGUUAUUGCAGACGACUGGAUAAGCGUUUGUAAUACUCCUUCUAAAACAAAAAAGGUCAGACCUCAGUGUGAUCGAUUUAUCCCCACUCGUGAUAUCAUGGGAGAUCCAUCGAGCCAUUUCAAUACUACACAUAGAGAAUCAGGGAAAGAACAAUAUUUGGAUAGUGCAGAUCUAGAAUAUCAAGAGAAACUGGCAGAGGCUUGUGGUAUUGCGUUUGAAAGACGAAUUUUGCAAUUUAGUGCACCACCAACUGGAAAAGAGGAUUUAGGUCAAACAUAUGGGCAACGUUCCAAGAAAUUUACUACAUCAAUUCAAUUGAAAAGACGAAUACCUACUGUUCCUGAACGUAUUCUUGAUGCACCGGGUAUGAUAGAUGAUUAUUAUUUAAAUCUGUUGGAUUGGAACGUUAAGAAUAUGUUGGCCAUUGGACUUGAUCAGAAUGUUUACGUCUGGAACGCCGAUACUGGAGAUGUGAGAACUAUUGCUCAGACAGAAGCUAAUGAUUAUAUUUCUAGUUUGUCAUGGUCUCACGAUGGUGAAUACUUGGCUGUAGGAACAAGUGAUGGAGACACUCAAAUAUGGGACAUCUUGAGAGAACAAAAAGUUCGAUCAAUGGCAGGACAUAAUGCUCGUGUUGGUGUUCUAACUUGGAAUAAAUAUCUUGUUUCUUCCGGUUGUAAAGAUGGUAGUAUUUGGCAUCAUGACACUAGGAUUGCACAACAUAGAAUCGCAGAACUACUCGAUCACGCAAGUGAAGUUUGUGGGUUGAAAUGGAGUCAUGACGGAGAACAAUUAGCGAGCGGAGGUAAUGAUAAUCGCGUCAAUAUAUGGGAUGCGAGGUCAAGUACGCCAAAAUUUACAAAAAAUAACCAUCUUGCUGCGGUUAAGGCUGUUGCAUGGUGCCCAUGGAAAAAUAACCUUCUUGCUACGGGUGGAGGUUCAUUUGACCGCCAGAUUCAUUUCUGGAAUACAAGUUCGGCGGCCCGUCUCAAAUCAAUUGAUACGGGAUCUCAAGUUACUUCAAUAAUUUGGUCAAAAGAAUAUCAAGAACUCUUGUCUACACAUGGAUUUCCAGAACACCAUAUGUCUAUUUGGUCUUAUCCUAAAUGUCGAAAGAUUAUCGACAUUCAAGCUCAUGAUACUCGUGUUUUGCAUUCAGCCAUGAGCCCUGAUGGACAGGUAGUGGCUACGACUGCGAGUGAUGAAAAUCUGAAAUUUUGGAGAGUUUUUCAAAGUCAAAGCAAAAAUGAUAGAUCUAAAAGUGUUAAGGAAAAUGGAUCAAGUGUAUAUUCUGGUUUACUUAUUCGAUAG